UUCCGAAGCAUUCUGAACGCAACAAUGUAAGUCACGUGACUAACAUCAGCUGAUCAGCAGUACUGAUGGCGGAACUAACUGAAAACAUGGUGGUUUUACUGAGUGCAUUAGCUAACAAGGACUGCCGAAAACUGUGCCACAGGGUGGUGGAUAGUCUGUGUGGGCAGGAGCCUCCUCACAGGGGGGAUUACAGCGCCACCUGGAGCCUGCAGGAGUGGCUGCAGCUGCUGGACUCGCUGACAGCUCUGUUCCGUUUGGCAGUGGUCAACAACAUCUCUGAUGAAGUGGUUCUCUCUCAGUUGUCAGAUGUGAGCAGCAGCCAAGCUGAGGUUGUGUUGAGUGUGCUCAGAGCAAGAGAAGAGGAGAUCCGCUGCGCUCUGCUGGACAGAACCAACUCCAUCUCCUCUGCUACUCUGCAGGAUUUCGAUUGGCAACUUAAGUUAGCUCUGUCCAGUGAUAAGAUAUCAUCUCUCCACACGCCUCUGCUCAGUCUCAGUCUAGAUGUGCGAGAAAAUGGAGCCCUCCGGCCUGUCACUUUGGAGAUGAACAGAGAUGAGCUAGGCAUGCUCAUCAGUUCAUUAGAGUCUGCUAAUAAGGUAGUGUUGCAGCUGAAAUGAUGGAAAAAUUGUGGAUUACUAAUCUCAUUGAAGACCACAGAGCAUCCAGAGGAACAAUAAUAUGUUCCUCAAGUUUAUGAAAGAGGAGCUCCCAUAUUUUGGACAGGGUCCAGUAGGAUCCAGCCAUAAUGAUGUGAUGAAUGUUCCGUCAUGUACUGGAGCAGUUGGAUACCAACACUUUGUUUUUGUUUUGUUUUGGGGGUUUUUGCACCAUGUUCAAUAAAUGUUUAUUUUGCAUUUUGCACUGUUGAA